UCUCUCUCUCUCUCUCUCUCUCUCUCUCUCUCUCUCUCUGCCUGUCUGGUGCAGUUCAUCUCCGUCUGGCGUUCUAACUGGAGAGAAACACGCACCGAGUUCCGUUUACCGCCGUUCAUCGUGUUCAUCACUUCCACGAGAGGACUUCAUCCAAUAAGAUCAGAUGCCGACGUACUGCUUCUUUCUUGCUCUUGUACGGCAUACAAUAGGAGGAAUACGUCCGCUGUUCCUGCUUGAGGAGAUAGCAGAUGGCCAGCCAACGGGAGACCGAGGAAAGGAAAGUCAAUUUUAGUUCCAGCAUGUCGACCAGAGAAACCGAGACAGGAACCGAAGAUGAUACUGGACAUGCUGGAAGAGGAACUAAUACACCUACGAACAAUGGCCCAACAGUAGGAGGAGGAGAAGAAGAGGAGGAGGAACGAGGGGGAGGAGGAGGAGAAGAAAAUGAACGAGGGAGAGGAGAAUGUGGAGAAGAGGAAGAUACUUCGAAUGAUGACGAACAAGAGACGGACGUCCACCGGCGAUGGAUGCCUGGAAUACUGCAGGAUUUUUUGGAGGGUAAUGAAUUCGUGAUCGACCCAGAGGGCGAGUACGUCUAUCGAUGGAUGGGCCUGGUAGCCUGUGCAGUGGCGUAUAAUGUGUGGAUGAUCGUCCUACGGGUGGCGUUUCAUCAUCAUCUCACCAAUCAGGUUAGCAAAUCACUCAAUUCAAUUAUGACAGUACUAUUGCCCUCACGUGACUUCCAUGAGCCCAAUAUUAUGGAGGCCUUCCAGAUGCGGGAAAGGUGUCUUUUGAGUCGAAGGUUUGAAGAGCUACGUUUUGGGUUGUUGCGUACCGCCAACUUGGGUUAG